CCUCCCCCUCCGUCACUGCCUGCUGCUCGUCGUCGUCCAACCCCUUCCCCCUUGCACCACCAACUCGAGCCAGCCAGCCCCCAAAAGGUUACACCCAACGACUUCAUCCUCACACAUCUUGCUACAACUUUGCUCACCAACACCAACACCGCCGCCGCCGCAACCCAACACUCCGCAACCACCGUAUGUUUGGCGCCCAUAUUGCGCACGAGCGCGCAGUAUGAGACGCCUAGAGAGCGCCACCACGACGCCAGUCUCGUCGUCGUCGGCGUCGGCCACGCCGGCCUCGGCGGCACUCGCCCCCUUCCCCACCGUCGAGCGCCGCAUCGCCGAGUCGACCGACCUGUGGGCAAGAGACCUGCGCAGUCUGUUCGAGCACGCGCACGAUCGCUAUGCCGACGUGUCUUGGGAGACGGACGCCGGCGAGCGGAUAUGGGCUCACAAGGCCGUCGUCUAUGUCCGAGCGCCGAAGGCGUUCAAGGACCGAUACUUUCUGGUGCGCAAGGCAAUGUCCCGCUCGCCCACGGCAUUCUCCUCGGGCCCAUCACCGUACCCCAUCGCCUGGCGCAACACGCAAAGUCCAUCGCUGUUCCCCCUCCCGCCACGGCGAGGGGGCAGCACGCUGUCAGUCGAUACGAUUGAAAGCGAUGGCACAUUGCGUGCUCCUACACUGAGCACGGGCUCCGCCGACGGCUCGUCCCUGCGCCUCGGUCUCGAGGACACGCCAGAGCUCUUCCGUGCCCAGCUGGAAUGGCUGUACACGGGCGAGGGGUUUGGUGAUGUCGUCGAGUGGAUCAGCGACGCCGAGGGAGGAGCAGGCAGUGUGCGCGACUCGCUCGGACGCCGCGGGAGCCUCGGGGACAGGAGGGACAAGCUCGGCCAGGACUUGACCUACAUGUGGACGAGCAAGCUCUACUGCGACGUUCGGAUACACCUCGAGGCGCCAGACGAGGAACACUACGAUUCGGACGGGUCAGACGACUCGGACGACUCGUUGGCAAACACGGUUAUUUUUACGGCCCAUCGCUUCAUGCUGGUGUCGAGAUCACCCUACUUUGCCGCCAUGUUUCUCAAUGGUAGCGGAUUUCGCCCACCCACGAGCGACGUCCACUUGCCAUCGCCGCCGUUCACACCGGCCGCGCUCCAUUUCUGCCUGGGCUGGAUGUACGCCGGCCACCUUGACUUUUCCAACCGGACAUUUGACCUUCAGACCGCGUUCCAAAUCCACCGCGCGGGAACCUACCUCCAGCUCGACUCGCUCGUCGCCGAAAUCGAGGCACGCAUAGUGCACGACUUUUGCCACGGCCUCGACUGGAACAAGUGCCACUGCCGCCGGUGCAACGUGCGCGCCGCUCGCGUCUGGCGUUUCGCACUCGCACCAGAUACCGCUUCGCUCGACUUGGCACGCCGCGCCCGUCGGUACCUCUUAGCCGGAUGGGCCGAGUCGUGGUCGCGUGAGGUCGCCACUGCGGACCAGGAAGACCGUGACGGGCUGGUACAGGACGUUAUCGCGGACAUCUCGGCUGCCAACGUCGUGUCGACCUACCGCAGCGUCGAGCACGUCCGUGCCAGGAUGGAAAAGACGGUCCGGAUCAAAGGGUCCACUGAUGGCGAGUGGCUCGACGUGCUGGGCGACAUGGCGGAAAAGAUUGAAGCAAAGGCACGCGAUGUCCUCUCGUCGCAGCUGGCCACAGUGUGCGAUGGCAAAGAGUUUGAGGAUAUCGUCACGGGCGUCGGAUUUAGCGACGACCUACUUGACCACGUUCUCCGCGAGAUUGUCGCUUGCGCGGGCGGACCCCGCGGCAGCGUGCAAGCUCCGAGAAUGUACCAGACGAUCGUCUCGUCCAUCCUGCUACGAGUUGACCCCAACACCCUCGAGACGACACUGCCAGCACGGUCGCUCCAACGCCAAAAGGUCGAAGAUGCAAAGGAAGGUGUCCUCGCCCACAUCAAGCGUCGAUGGAUGCAAAUCAGGGAGGAGGGGGGUUUUACCGGGCUUGAGCCUUGGGCUCUGAAGGAGAUUCGAGAUGAAAUCGAGGUGCCCAUCGAAGACUUGCUUGGCCCUCCCCAGGUGGCAUUCCCCCGCACACGUAAAGCCACAAUGCCGAGGACAACCUCGCGCCCAGCGGGACUCGGCGAUGCAGGGAGCGUGGCCUCGACCCGGACGCCCCGCACAUCAGAUGCAAGCGUGACAAGCCGUACCUCGACACUGCGAUCGCCGCCCAUCGAAGCGCCCGAGCCGCAGGCGCCCGAGCCCAACGGUCUGCGUCGUCUGCGCCUUUCCAGCUCGGCAUCUACGAGUUCUGUUGUCUCUGCGCGCUCUGCGGCAUCACGCACCGCGUCGGCAGCGUCUCGUCCGCCCAUGCCGUCCGGCCCGACGCCGCGCAGCCCCGGUGCGGCGCAAAAGACGCUCGUCGUGUCGGUCGGCUCAAAGGGCCGCGCUCCGCGCGCGGCCUGCACCGGCGCGCAGAGUCCGACCCCGAACCGUGCAGGCCAGGUCAUGACUGGCGGUCCACGCCCACUUUCCCUCACCGGAAGGACACCAGUGUCCAAGCUCCAGUCAGCGGCGCGCUCAGAGUCGCCGUCCUCGCCACUGUCGCCGACAAACCGGUCUGGGCCGCCCAGCACGACGGCGAGUACCCGGUUGCGCGAGCAGUCGGUUAGCUCGGCUGCCAGCGCAUCUAGUGUGUUGACGACGGCGACGAAUAAGACGACCGGGACUGCCAAGUCGACAUCGUCCAGGCCGUCGAGUGUAACGAGCGCGUCGAGGCCAUCAAGCACUACCAGGCCGGCGAGCACGACAAGGCCGGCAAGUGUAAAGAGCACCGCGGCCGCUUCCAAAACCGCGAGUAGUAUCAAGACAGUGGCCACGACUGUGGCAUCGACAUCCAAGCAGCCUGCCAAGCCAUCGCCGGCACCGACCCCGCCUGUCAAGCCGGCUCCGGCACCCGCCGCCAAGGCUACUACGGCUACCGCGACGAAGCCCGCGGCCCCUGUCAACGCCGCUGUGGCUGCUGCUGCGGCACGAAGGCGGACUCUCUCCACCGCUAGCGCAAAGGCCAGCAAGCCUGCAGCAGGUGCCGUUCCUGCCGUGCCAGCGCAGCCUGUUCGACCUACUGUGGCCGCGGUACGACAACGGACCUUGUCGACCACGAGCGCCAAGUCCACGCGAUCCCGAGCACCGUCUCUGGCCCCAUCUCUCGCUCCGUCUGUCGCGUCGGAGGCGUCUACUGCCGCGACGUCGACAGAGACGCCGUCAAAACCUCCCACCGCCGCCCCCAAAGUUGCCGUGAGACCCGCUCCCAUCUCUACCAAAGCGCCCGUGUCUGCCAGCAAGGGGUCUACACCUACCACGCCAAGAGCUGGUGUCAAGCCCUCCGUCUCGACCAAGUCGCUCUCGGCAGCCGAGCGCCCUCUACGGCACCAGGCGUCGACCAAGUCGUUGUCUGGGCGACCUCCACCCGCAGGGGUCAGCUCUACGAAAGCGGCUGCCGCUGCUGGCGCACCAAAGACACCCACAGUCCCAAAGACUCCGGUGUCGCGCGCACCAGCAGGGACCAAGACGCCGACUCCUCGAGACCGGGCCAGUGGCUCCAAGACGCCGACACCGCGUACGCCCAAGCCCCGUGAUGUAGGCUUGGCUGCUCCACCGCUGCCUACCACGCCGCGGGCGCGCUCGACGUCGAUGAACCUCAAGGCCACGACGCCCGGUACGUCCCCGCGCCAGAGAACGACAUCGUCGGCCGCGCCGCCAUGGAAGAGAGCAACGCCAUUACCUCCCAGCGUCGCGGGCGUGGUAGGGGCCAAGCAGCCCACCUCGUCUACAGCUACUGGCCCAAGACCAUCGCUUCGCUCGUUAUCUGGAUCUACCGAGGGCCCUGUUACGCCACGCUUAUCAGAAAUAAUCGAGCCAGUCAUCGUCGUGGACCCGUCUUCACCCCAUGCCACGCCAGUCAUCACGGCCUCCCCAGAGCCUGCAAAGGUGGCUGAGGCACUGGAGCUGGCACGAGAACUGGCGCCUCAAUCGCCCCCUGAGUCGGAAGUUCUGCGAACGCCGGAGCAGUCCCAGGCGUCCGAAACGGAGGUGGUCGAGUCGAGCGUGCUAUCCCCGGCCCCUGUUGAGAAAGCCGCCAAGCUGCCACCGGCCCCGGCCCCGGCCCCUGUCCCGGCGAUUGUCGAGCAGCCGCCUAGACCCGACAUGGAGCAGCUUGCGCCGUCUCCGCCACAAUCCUCCGUGGGGGUCUCUGCGUCAGAGGCCGAGACAUCGAUCUCGCGACACACGGCCCCACCAUCUACCCCGGCGCAGGAUAUUCCAGUGUCGGCCGCUGCGCCCAUCACGUCGCCGGCGCUUAGCACGUCGCCCGUGAGCGUCGCGUCCCGGAUCGUGAGCGAGGGUGGGACGAGCGCCAACCUCGGAUCGCCGUUCCGCCCGCACCCCGCGUUAGCGUUCGACCCACCAAAGAAGAAGCCUUCCUUGCCCGUCGCUCCCGUCGCACCCAAAAUCGAGAUCAAUGACGGCAACACGCCGUUCAGCGGCGAGGGCGUGUCGCUCCAAGUUGGUAUCCCGUGCAUCGUGACGCUUUCCCAGCGACGGGCACGCUUCCGCGCCAACGUCAAGUACCUUGGGCGGAUGGUCAACUCGCGCGGCGCAUGGGUCGGACUCGAAGUGGAUGACCUCGAGCGCCUGGGCGUCGAGACGCUGCCCACUGGUGCGCGCGACGGCGUGCGCUACUUUCACUUCACGCCCCCGGCGGCGCUCCCGACCCCAGGUGACCAGAACCACCCGGACAAGCGCGCCCUGCGCCAGCGCCGCAUCGCCAACAUUGCCGAGAGCCUACCUGGCCGCCCGGGCCGCAGCGGCCUCCGCCAGCCAUCCAUCGCGGCCCUCACCCUCGGCGGUGGCCUCGCCCCACCACCGGCCGACCCCCGCCGCGCCUCGAGCCCCUUUGCGGCGUCCGAGUGGGCCGCACCGGAACGCCCGCGCGCCCUCUUCGUCCGUCCCAGCGAGGUUGUCUUCGUCACGGGGGCCGAUUAA